AGAAAAAAGCCUUUACUAGACUUGUUAGAAGAUAUUAGGAGACAGUGUAUGGUGCGUAAUGCGAAGAGGUCCAUUAUUGCUGAAAGGUUGAAGACAAGGUUCACAAGAAGAGCACAUUGUGAGAUAGAGAAAGCUAUAAAUGGAUCACAACAUUGCAUCCGCUACAUGGCCAGAAAUAAUUUUCAUGAGGUAGAGCUCAAUAAUGUUAACUAUGUGGUUGAUAUGAAUGAGAAGACUUGUGGUUGCAGAAAGUGGCAGAUGGUUGGAAUCCCUUGUGUUCAUGCUGCAAGUGUUAUAAUAGGUAAAAAAGAAAAGGUUGAAGCUUAUGUGAAUGAGUACUACACAACAAAGAAGUGGCGAGAAACAUAUAAAGAUGGUAUAAAACCUGUACAAGGGAUGAUGUUGUGGCCUAGAUUGAAUAGGUUAGCUGUCUUGCCACCACCAUGGAGAAGAGGUAAUCCAGGAAGACCAAGUAACUAUGCUAGGAGGAAAGGCAGGAAUAAAACAGGAUCAACUAGGACCACAUUAACACGCCGGAAGAGAGUGGUGACAUGCUCAAACUGCAAGGAAGAUGGACACAAUAAGCAAGGUUGUAAAAAUCCAAGUGUUGAGAGUCAGCCAAAGAGACCAAGAGGACGACCAAAAAAACAGGGAGGAGUUUCACAACUACAACAAGGAUCACAAGCCCAAGGAUCACAAUCACAACAAGGAUAACGAGCACAAAGACAAUCUCAAGG